AUGCCCCCGGCAAGACGACAACCCGCACGCCAAGCACAAGCCGCCAACGCUCCCCUAGACCCGGAGGUCAUCGCGAAGCGCACGAAGAGACAUCUUGACGAGCUCGAGCGUUCCAACUACUCCGAGCCCGCGGGGGCGGGGGCGGGCGGCGAAGACGAAGACGAGCACGGCGUCGCGCCAGGCGGGCGGACCGCUAAGGGCCGCGCGCGCCAGACGAUAAUAUCGGACAAGGGGAAGAAGCCGAAGAAGUCGUCCAUGAACGUCCGCACGGCCGUACUAUACAAGAAGACCCUGGCCGUGCUGAUCGAAGAUUCGGGCAUCGAGCAUCUGCCGCCGGGCGUGCCCACGUACCUGAGGGCUGUGGCCCCGCCGCCCCGCGAGCCGCCGCGGAUGUUGUGCUCCGUCUGCGGCUUCUGGGGGAAAUACAAAUGCAGGCGCUGCGCGAUGCCGUAUUGCGACCUCAGCUGCGAAGGCGUGCACAACGAGACCCGAUGUGAGCGGAGGGUGAUGUGA